AUGGCACCUACGGCUUUCCAAAUCGUCUCCGAUCUGCAUCUCGAGACGCAUGGCUCUUACAACUAUCCCCUGAAACAGACGGCUCCAAACCUCGCCCUUCUCGGCGACAUUGGACACGUCGCUGACACUGGUCUCUUCUCCUUCCUCGAGAAGCAGCUGCAUCGCUACUGGAACGUCUUUUUCGUGCUUGGCAAUCAUGAGCCUUCCCACGGCAGCUGGCCGGCCGCCAAACAAGCGGUGCGUGAUUUUGCCGAUCGAAUGCAGCGGCUUCGUUCUCAGUCGACGAUAGGCAGAUUCAUAUUCCUCGAUCAGACGAGACAUGACAUGGAUAACGGUCUCACCAUCUUGGGCUGCACGCUGUUUUCGAAAGUCUCCAAAGAACAGGCUGCUGCUGUAUCAAGUCGAUUUGUCGACUUUAAACACAUCCAGAAUUGGACAGUCGAUGCCCAUGUUGACGCCCAUGUUUCUGAUCUGAAGUGGUUGAAUCGACAGGUGUUGGAAAUUUCUGCCCUCCAACCUCACAGGCAGAUCGUCAUCUUCACACACUACAGUCCGACUCUGGAUGAAAGAGCCGUGGAAGAGAAGCACGCGGACAGCCCCGUCACAUCCGGCUUCGCGACCGAUCUGAGUGGUGAAGACUGCUGGAAGAGUAGGUCAGUGACCAUGUGGGCUUUUGGACAUACACAUUACAGCUGCGACUUUACAGAUGAUCUUGGGAAGAGGGCUGUGGCGAAUCAGAAAGGUUAUGCGUACGACGUUGAAGAAGAAUUCGACAUGACCAAGACUUUUGUUGUUGGAACUGCCAUCACACCGGGCGUAACUAACAGCUUAGUCUGA